UUCGUUCGUUCGUUUCUUUGGCGCGGAGCAUGCGGCUGGAGGUGAAGCAAUUCUAACCAGAUCAUGUGCUGAAUGAGGCAUAUAUACCCUCAAUCGGCAUGCCUGCUCUUGCGCUUCUCUAUGCUGGCCUUGAUUGUGUGGUUGUCUGCCGGAAUGAUUGUUCCAGAAAUUUGUUGUUUGGACUAACCUUGUUGUCUGGAUUGAUCCAGAACUUUGCACAGCAAUUUGUAACUCAACUUUCGUUGUUAACCAAAUGUAUCUGUUAUCAUUUCGAAAUGAAUGCAUGGGGUACGGGCAGGCUGGCUACUGCAGCUGUACAGGCAUUGCAACAGUUCUUGGAAGCAGCCAGGCUCCGCAAGGUUUCGCGGUUGGAAAUCCGUGGGAAGAUGCGCGCAAUGUGGCAUCAGUCAGCAUUGGAUGGAUCCAUUCAACACGGCAAGUUUGCCUUCAAGGCUACAUGGAAGUUGGGGAUGACGGAGUGACUCACAAAAAUAUUUGGAGGUCUAGCCGGGAGGAAAAAUGGGGACCUUGCAAGCGCAGUCGCGUUACUGGAGCAAUUCAUCUCACAGACAACAUUGUGCUCCCUCGGAGAAGGGCUAACGGCUGGAUGGAGGUCGAGUUGGGUGAGUUCUACAACGAGGAAGACGACGAUGAGGUGUCUGUCAGCCUGAUGCAGACAACAGGAGGAGUACAAGAGUGGUCUUGUUGUGUUGGGUGUCGAGGUUAGAUCUAAGCAAUGAUGUGGACGAGCUUGUAAGAUCGACCAA